UCUGAUUGUAUUGCAACAAAUAAAAAAUUACAACUACUUCAACGACGAAAUUCAUCAUCCAAUGAUAACAAUAGUAAUAGUAACGGUAAUCAUCAUUCAAAAACGAAACAACAACCAUUUCGACGAAGUAAAUCAUUUAAAUUGAAUUAUAAAACAACGACAAUAGCGACCACCAAUCAAGAUAAUAAUAAUGAUGGUGGUGGUGAUGAUGAUGAUAUGAUCGAUAAAGAACAAACAAAAUUUGUAUGCUCACCGACCGAUAUGAUGCUUAAACGACAAUCACUUUUAGGUAAAUUAUUUAAAUUAAAUUCAAAAGGACGGCCACCAUCAUCACAACAACGAGAUCAAUCGAGAUCACAAUCAUCUUCAACAUCUCCUUCAUCUCUAACGACCAUUCCGUUUCAUUCAAUAAAAAAAUUUAAAUGUAACGAUUUUGGAUCACAAUUUCCGGAAGAAAAUCUUCUUAAUAAUCAUAAUAUGAUUACUACUAUUGAUGAUAAUGACAUUAUUGCUUAUGAUAAUAAUAAUGAUAAUCAUUAUCGUCAACAAAAUAAUCAUUUUGAUCAUCAUCAUCAUAUACAGUCAGCUAAAUGUCGACGACAAUUCUUAACAAAAUCUACACAAACGGUUAAAUCAGGCCCGGAAGAAAUAAUAACAGUUGUGAUGCGUCAAUCAGGAAGGCAUGCACUUUCACGAUCAAAACGUUUGUCAAAAGAUGGACAUCAUCAACUAUUACAACAACAACAACAACAACAAACAACACAACAGUUGGAUGUUCAAGGGGUGUGUUGUACAAAAAAUCAAUGUUUAUCAUCAUCAUCAUCAUUACCUCCCACACGUCGUAAACACAAUCAUCAUGGUAAAUGUUCUUCGUGUGUUUGUUGUUGUUGUUCAAAUCCGAUUGAAUUAAGAUCAACAAGAGAUAAAAAAUCUCGAAAUAUAAAACAUCAUCAUCAACAACAUUCAUCAAUCAAUGAAUGCCAUCGAUGUUGCCAUACGAAAAUUAAUGGCUGUGAAUCCAAAGCCUGUCAUCAUAAUCAUCAUAAUAAUCACAAUAAUAAUCAUAAUCAUCAUAACCACCGGAAACAAUCACAACGUAGUACCUCAUCCAUUCGACAUCAUAAUCGAAAUAAUCAUCGAAAUAGUUUGAUCGAUUAUUAUAUCGAUGAUGAUGGUCAAAAUAUUGGUGACGGUAAUUUUUGCCGUACACCAUCAUCAUCCGAACAUAUACAAACAGUUUACCCUAUUAUCAUGUCAAACAAUAAAUCAGGUCAAAAUGGUAUUAUCGAUCAUCGAUUAAAUAAUAAUAAUAAUAAUAACAAUGGUAACCUGAUUUCGACAAACAGAAUAACAAAUCUAUAUUUGAAUGAUAAACAAACCGAUGACAAAUGUUUGGAUUUAUUUAAUUUAGACAAUGAUGAUGAUAACCAUAACAACGAUGAUGAUGACCAUUGGACAAGGAAACAUCUAAUCCAAAUUAAUGAUGAUUAUAAUAAUAAAGUUCAUUUGGAAGAUGUUGAUGAUGAAUCAACAACUGGUAUUAAUACGGUAACAAGUUCACAGGAUAUUCCAUCCAAUUUAAUAAUGGCGGUCAAUUCGAAUGAUAAUAAUCAUUUAUCAAAAUAUGACAACCAUCAUUAUCAAAAUCAACAUAUAAAUCAUCAUCAUCCAGUAUCAACAAAUGGAAACAUUUUUGUUAAUAACUCUGUUAGUGUAAAGAUUGAAAUUGAAACAUCAUCAUCGAUGACAGCAACAGAAAAUAAUAAUAAUAGAUCAACAACAACAGUUCAUCGGCCAACUAAUUGCAAACAGAUUGUUGUUGAUGAUGAUGAUUAUAGACAAUCAUCAACAAUAGGUCAUCGACAACAACAACAACAACAACAACAAUUGAUUGCCGGUGCAAUAUUUACCAAUGGUACCUAUAGUCAAUUUGAUUUUGAUCAACCACCAAAACAUUAUUCAAAUUCAAAUAUAAAUCCAAAUCCAGUUAAUGUUAAAAUUAUACAAAAUAAUAAUAAUAACAUUGACAAUAAUCGUUUCAUAUAUCCACCUGAAUUAAAUUAUGCAAAUUCGGUGACAGCCUUAAAAGAACAAAUUGCUCGUGCAAAAGCAAAUUUUUUUAAAGAAUCAUUAUGAACAUCUUUGUAGUGCCAAUAGAUUUUUUUUUUGUU